AAUAGACCUCACAGCAGUAGGGGUGAGAUGUGUUGAGACACUCGAACUCUUUUUCAUAUUGUCCGCUCACGUCAUGUAGUAACCCAGGUACGUAUCGUGUCCGUAACCCAGGUAUGUCUCGUGGUCCUCGGUCGAGUGUUGUCCUGCAGGGGAAGCGGUGGGAAUCGCCGCGGCGACGCUGGAUUCAAUCGCCUUGUGCUUCACCUUCUUGCCUCCGGUGGCGGCGCAGAGAACGCUCAGGGGGUCCAGGUAUAUGAGAAGCAGCAGUAGGCGCCGUAUCCCCAUGGUGUGGUUAACUUGUCAGUUUGAGAGUCAGGAUCAACUCAUGGAACAAUUAGAUCUCAACCGAAAGUGGCGCUAGUCGCCUCCUCCACUCAAGGCGCGGAAGUGGUGUGGGUGUGUGUUCACUCGAAGGGUGUGUGUGUUUUUUUCCCCCGACACCUCAUAUCAUCAGAGAGAGAGAAAAGAAAAGGAGAGGUUUUGGUUGAAACGGGAGAUGUUUCUGUCGUAUCAUUCAUAAAACCAGUUUACCAGGCCUACACCUUCGCGCGCUCUCUUGGCAUCCUCUGUCGAGUCCGUGCGCGGUGGUGAAUAGCGAUCCACCUCGCGGUCAGUUUGUGACAGAGAUGGGAGAGGGGUGUCAUUUCUUUACCAGGCUGUGACACUGACACAGCGGCCAGGAUGGAUCCAAACACCCGGAAAAUGAUGCUUCUCAUCGGCCUCAGCUGCCUCUGGCUCCAAGUGCUUUCAGAGGUGAUGGCUGAUGACAGUUAUUUAAACGAGGUGCAAAACGCAGCCCCUCUCUCCUGUUCGGAGGGUUUUACAGAGCUGGGUUUCUAUAAUGGCUCUGUGUCUCAGACGGACUCUGGCGCCCCCUGCCUGCGGUGGGCAGAGUUUCCAGACUACGUGCUGCAGUACCCUGGUCGAGGCCUUGGGGAGCACAGCUACUGCCGUAACCCUGACAGAGAGUCCAACCCCUGGUGCUUCUUCAGACAGACCUCUGGGGCCAUCGGCUGGGCCUACUGCGACUGCCACCAGGGUGCAGCUCGGCUGGUGGGCGGGACAUCGUCAGGAAGUGGACGUGUGGAGGUGUACCUGAAUGGUCAGUGGGGGGCGGUGUGUGACUCUCAUUGGACAGACAGAGAUGCCAGUGUGAUCUGCAGACAGCUGGGGUUGGGUGAGAUCGGCACUGCUUUGCAGCAAUCCAGGUUCGGCUCGGGCUCUGGCCUCUUCCAUUACGAGCGGCUGAGUUGCCGUGGUGAUGAGAGCUCCGUCAGCCAAUGCCAGAGCAGGACAUUUGUUACCGGGGACUGUAGCCAUGGAAACGAGGCGGGAGUUGUGUGUGCUCCACCAGAAGGCAGUGGUCUUCCUCUACGAUUAGUUGGAGGAGAAGAAUACUUUGAGGGGCGUGUGGAGGUGUUCCACAGUGGUAGGUGGGGCUCUGUCUGCGAUGACCAAUGGGACGACAGAGAUGCAGAGGUGAUCUGUCGACAGCUGGGCUUCGGGGGUGUGGCGAAGGCCUGGUCGUGGGCCCACUUCGGACAGAGCUCAGGUCCCAUCCUAUUGGACGCCGUGAGGUGUACAGGAAAUGAAGUCUUCCUGGACCAGUGUCUUCAUGGAGACUGGGAACAACACAACUGUGACCAUAUGGAAGACGCUGGGGUAUCCUGCAGCCCCUACACAGACGGUGUGGUGCGGUUGGUAGGAGGAGAUAGUCCAUGGGAGGGUCGUGUUGAAGUGUUCCACUCUGGGUACUGGGGUACGGUGUGUGACGACCACUGGACUCAACAACACACACAGGUGGUCUGUCGACAGCUCGGAUACAGGUGUGUGUGUGUGUGUGUGUGUGUACUUUUCCCUGCGGGCAUGAUAUGGGCUGUUGUGGUGACCAUAUAACCGCCACACCGGCUA